AUGAUGUUUGGAAGAAAGCACCAGUCAAAAACAGUUCCUGAUGACUACCCUGAUGACUCCCUGCCAGUCCUUUCUCCAACCUUCGCUCAAGAAGUUCUCGAUUUAGAAGGUGAGCUCGAUUUUUGUGUUAGUUUUCCCAUGAUUCAAAGACUUUUAGCGCUAUAUUCCCAAGCUAUAGAACAACUAGAAUCUAUUAAAGACCCAAGAUAUUUACAUUACCAAGACCGCAUGCAGAAAUUUCUUGCACGAGAAGAAGUCUUAAAAGUAAUAAAAGAUUAUCAAAAUCCACAAAAGCCAUUAAGAUCCAGUCUCACUCCUACGCCUGAAUCUGUUCGUGACACUUAUAGGAAACGUGCUGAAGAAAAACAAAAAAUUAAGGCAAAAUUGAUGAAUUCGCCUCCCAAUAAAGACAUAACGAUAGAAAGAAAUGCUGAAAAAGCUAUUUUAUCCCACACAACUGAAAGUAGCUCAGCAAGCAAAAGGAUACAGGAAAAUCUACAAUCGCAGGCUGAAAAUUUGAAUUCAAGGCUUAGAGAUAGGGUAAAUCAGCGCUCAGCUUCUACAAAUCGACGAGAUUUUCGGUCAAAUACCUUUUCUGCAGGAUCUUUAGGGAUAAAGAAGUUUCUUGAAGAGUAUAGGAUAUUUUUAGUAAAAGAUUUUCCCCUGAUAGGCAUUUCUCUAGCUAUUUGCUAACUCCCCCCCCCUCCGUGAGUGAACAAAACCAUUAGAAAAAUCCCUAUUUUUUGCCCAAAAACCCACCCUCCGUGAGUGAACAAAAAUUGUUUUAAUAGAAAACAUUUUUCAUGGAAAAAAAUUUUGAUAUAUAAAUGAUAAUUAGUUAAUGAAAUCUAGAGCUAAUUCUAUUUAAUUUUAAACAAAUUUGCUUUUUAAAACAUAAAUUUUAUAAAUUAAAUUAAUAUUUGCUUUCCAAUUUUUUGCGAAUUAGGAUUUUUUUAAAUUUCGAAAAAAAUAUUUUUUAUAAAAUGUAUAUAUAAAUUUUUUUUUUUUAAAAAAAAACAAUUAACCCCCCUGCGUGAGUGAACAAAAUUUUUUUUGUUCACUCACGGAGGGGGGGGGAGUAAGUUUUUUCUCCUUGACAUAUUUAUUACUCGGUAAGAUCUUUUAUCGUAAAAAUUCUGAAAAAAAAAAAUCGACCAAAAAUCAUUAGAGCCCUUGAAGAAAGUGAUAGAAGUGGCGGCGCCCCCAAAAAGUCACACAUAGAACUAUUUGAAGAAGAGGUAGAAAAAGUCAUGGAAAAAUAUAUAGAGGAAAAAAUUAAUGUAAAAAGAAAACUGACUGAGAGCUACCAAGAACAAAUCAAAGAAAUCCAAAGCAUGGGAGAGUCCUUGCUGAUUGGCUCACUUAUAAAGACCAUGAAUGAUACAUUAGGAGAAGAAAUAGAAAACGCUGUACAAGAGAUAGAAAAGAGGAGAAAAGAAGAAAUAUCUGCUAUAAGGCAACGAUAUUUGUCGAAUUCGUAA